AUGAAGCAUAUACCGGGGUCUUCGCGGAUCAUAUCCUGCCUUGCGCAUCGUACAGGACGCAGAUUGUCUCGACGAUCCCGGAGCUGUGGGCAUGAGUCGCCUGUUCGUCCAUGGAGGUGUGGAUCAAGUUCGGAGGAAUGGUUCCAACGCCAGCGGCGUCAAGCUUAUCGAGGUGAGGUUCAGCGAGUAUCAGAGGCUUAUGGAGACGAAGACUGCGAGAGAGGUUGCAAAAGAGCAGUAUAA